UACUACGCAAGCGCACACCGCGCAGAAUCAGGGGUUGUGCUGUUCUCGUGAAGAACACUCGAAAUGGCGUCUGCAGCGGAUUACAGUUCAUACGGGCAGCCUGCUGCCCAACAAGGGUAUGGCUCUUACGGAGCCCAACCCUCUCAGUCUUAUGGGCAGGCCACACAGCAGGCCUAUGGGCAGCAGCAGGGCUACGGUUCCUACAGCCAGCCAGCGGAGUCUGCCUACCCGCCGGCGGGUAACGCUUCAGGGGGCUACUCCCAGCAGGCCUAUGGUAGCUCCUAUGGCCAGCAGCAGCCAGCUGCAGCAGCGUACAACGCAGCUCCUGCUGCCCCUCAGGGCUAUGGGCAGCCGGUGCAGUCGUACAGCGCUGGAGGCUACGACUCGUCCGGUGCCUCCGCCUCGGCCAACACCGCCCAGUCCGGCUACGGGGCCCAGUCCGGGUACGGUGGUCAGCAGGCCUACCCCGGGUACGGCCAGCAGCAGGCUGCUUCCGCGCCGCCCAGCUACGGUGCCAGCAGUCAGCAGACGCAGGGCUACGACCAGAGCUCGUAUGGCCAGCAGCCUCAGCAGAGCUCCUAUGGGCAGCAGCCUCAGCAGGGGGGCUAUGGGCAGCAGCAGGCCUACGGCCAGCACGGUGCCUAUGGUCAGCAGCAGGCCCCGCCGCAGCAGCAGCAACAGCCCCCCUCCUACCCCCCGCCCUCAGGAUCCUACGGGCAACCCCCUGCCAGCCAGUACGGCCAGCAGGGAGGCCAGGGCGGCGGAUACGGACAGCAGGCCGAGUACAAACCUCCCAACCAGUACAGUAACUACAGGCAGGAGCACUCCAACGGCAUGGGCAGCGGCGGCUACUCGGGCGCGGACCCCGGUGGCUACGGGGAGGGCCGUGGCAUGGGUGGGGGGGAGCGCGGGGGGCGAGGCCGUGGGGGCUUUGAGCGAGGAAUGCGUGGCGGACUGCCCGGCAUGCGAGGCGGCAUGAGCAGAGGAGGCAUGGGCAUCACUGGAGACAGAGGUGGCUUCAGUAAGCCUGGUGGAUUCGACCCAGACAUGGCCAUGGGCCGACCCGAGGAGCAGGAUGACUCUGAGAACAGCACCAUCUACAUCACGGGCCUGACGGAGAGCGCCACCACGGAGGAGAUGGCUGAGUUCUUCAAGCACAGCGGUGUCAUCAGGAUAAACAAGCGCACAGGACUACCUGCUAUCAACCUCUACAAAGACAAGGACUCGGGCAAGAACAAGGGAGAUGCCACCCUGUCAUACGAGGAGCCGCCCUCUGCCAAGGCUGCGGUGGAGUGGUUCGAUGGUAAAGACUUCCAGGGCAAGAAGCUGAAGGUGUCCAUGGCGCGCAGGAAGCCAAUGAUGGGCAUGGGGAUGCCAGGGAUGCCCAUGAGAGGAGACAGGGGAGGCAUGAUGGGCCGCGGAGGUAUGAUGGGCCGUGGCGGUCCUAUGGGGAUGGGCAUGGGACGUGGUGGUGGUGGAGGAGAGCGUGGAGGCCCGAUGCCCCGUGGCGGACCCAGGGGGAUGGGGCGUGGAGGACCCACCGGGGGCAACAUGCAGCCCAGAGCCGGAGACUGGCAGUGCCCCAACGCUGGCUGUGGCAACCAAAACUUUGCAUGGAGGACGGAGUGUAACCAAUGCAAAGCGCCCAAACCCGAAGGCUUUGGCCCCCCUCCCUUCGCAGGAGGCCCCCCAGGGGGUGAGCGUGGCCGUGGCGGGCCCGGCAUGAGAGGGGGUCGUGGGAUGGACCGCGGCGGGAUGGGCGGCCCCGGCGGGCCCCCCGGAGGACCAGGUGGUUUCAGGGGAGGCAGAGGCGGCGACCGCGGCGGUGGACCUGGGUUCCGCGGGGGACGUGGUAUGGACCGCGGCGGCUUCGGAGGCCCCCGGGGUCGAGGGGGACCCCCCAUGGAUGACAUGGGCGGACGCGGCCGAGGACGAGGCAUGGGACCACCUGGCAAGAUGAUGGACAUGAAGGGUGAUCAUCGCCAAGAGCGACGGGACAGACCCUACUAAACACACACAUGCACACACUUGUAAAAAAAAAAACACACAAAACAAAUCCUGACAUGAUAUGUCCAAAGUGAUUUUAAGUCACAGAAUUCCAUAUUUAUAACAGGUGUUAUUAGCACAGGAGCGGUUAGCUCCGCAGCCAGUCAACAGUGAACUUUUUGUAUUUUAUGUUUAUCUUUUUUAAAAGUUUUCCUAGUUUUUCUUUUUUUUGUCUUUACGUUUGUGCAGGUAUGUCUAGUGGCAAAUGCAUGCUUUUUUGGACUGCAAAUCAUAUUCCUGGGGACUGGGGAGGUACUUUUGUGGAAUUUUGUCUCAAGCAGUUUUUUUAAUCUCUAUCCACCAUCCUCUCAUGUCCGAUGUACAAAAAAAUGUUCAAUAAAAACUGAUAAAAGAA